GACCACAUCAACAUCGGCACCAUCGGCCACGUCGACCAUGGCAAGACCACGCUCUCUGCUGCGAUCUCCCUCGUCUGCGGCCAGUUCAGCACGUCCGACGACACGAGCAAGAAGUCCUACGAGGAGAUCGACAAUGCUCCGGAAGAGCGUGCCCGUGGCAUCACCAUCAAUGCCUCGCACAUCGAGUAUGAGACGGAGAGCAGGCACUACUGCCAUGUGGACUGCCCGGGCCACGCAGAUUAUGUCAAGAACAUGAUCACAGGAGCUUGCCAGAUGGACGGUGGCAUCCUGGUCAUCUCUUCUCCGGAUGGCCCCAUGGCCCAGACUCGUGAGCACAUCCUCCUUUCCAAGCAGGUGGGCGUGCCAGCCUUGGUCUGCUUCAUGAACAAG